AUGUCUAUCAGAGCAAUUACUUCUACAAAAGUAGUGGUCGACCAAGAAAUCAUCCCGGCUACAAUUCUAUAUUCAACUGAGACCGGAAAGAUAGUUGAAAUAUACAAGUACGAUACGAUUUCCUGUUUGAGUCAUCCUAAAUUGGUCGUGUACGAUGUGCUUGAUUGUCUCGACGUUUCGCCAUAUGUACUUCUUCCAGGGCUAGUUGAUUCGCAUGUACACUUAAAUGAUCCAGGUAGAACCGAAUGGGAAGGCUUUGAAACUGGUACGAAAUCUGCUAUAAGUGGUGGUGUAACCACUGUUAUUGAUAUGCCGCUUAAUGCCACACCACCUACGACGAAUCUCAGAAAUUUAAAUAGUAAGAUUACUGCUAGUAAAGGUAACAUUUGGUGUGAUGUUGGGCUAUGGGGUGGGUUAGUUCCUGAGAAUCUGCAAGAUCUUGUUCCUAUGGUGAAAGUAGGGGUUCGAGGAUUUAAAGGGUUUCUCUGUCAUUCUGGAAUAGAUGAAUAUCAAAGCAUAGAUGAAGAUUAUAUAAGGAAAGCAAUCGAGCUAUUGAAACCUUUCCAUACAAAAAUAUUGUUCCAUUCUGAAUUGAUACACAACGACCACUCAGGAGUACCUUCAUUCGACGAUAAAUGUAAAUAUGAUACAUUCUUAAGGUCAAGGCCUGAUGAGUUCGAAACUAAUGGAAUAAAAUUAAUCAUUGAUUGUCUGACCGAAAUUACGGAUGCUCAUCCGAAGUUUGGGGCUCAUAUUGUUCAUUUAGCAUCAGAUAAACCUUUGCCACUUCUGGUCGAGGUACAAAAAGAAUAUUUGCCAUUGACUGUGGAGACAUGUUUCCAUUAUUUAGCAUUAAGUCCAGAAGAUAUACCAGACUCAUGCACACAAUAUAAGUGUUGUCCACCUAUUCGUUCCAAUGAAAAUCGUCUUUCCUUAUGGAGAGCAUUAAGAGAGGGUCUGAUAACUUCUGUCGUCAGCGAUCAUUCUCCAUGUGUGCCUGAAUUGAAAAAUCUUGAAUCGGGAGAUUUCUUAAAUGCUUGGGGUGGCAUUUCUUCUGUUGGUUUGAAUUUACCACUUUUAUGGACAAGUGGUUCCCAGAUAGAGGAGCCUAUCACUAUAACAGAAGUUGUCAAAUGGUGUUGUGAAAAUACAGCCAAACAUGCAGGUAUAGAUCAUAUAAAAGGGUAUAUCAAUGUUGGUCACGAUGCCGAUUUUGUAGUAUUUGAUCCAGAUCAGUCGUAUACUUACGAGGAUGGAAAAUCCCAUUUCAAGAACAAACUAACACCAUAUAAUAAGAUGAAACUAAAAGGAAAAGUACGUUCAACUAUUCUUAGAGGAAGGACUGUGUUUUCUGAUGGUUUAUUCAACUGUGAUAUAGCACCUGGGAGACUUAUUCUAGACGUCUAG